AAACACAACACUACUUUCGAAACAAACAUGGCCGCAUGGCCCGGUGACAGUAUCGCAUCCGAUAACCGCGCUCAGAACAAUAAAUUAACAAGUUUCCUAAACGCAGAAUUUAAUUUAAAUGUCGAUAAUGGUAGCUACGCGUGUGAAGUGCCAGAGUUUAAAUAUGAUAAAGUGAUUCAAAGCGAAGUGACAUCGGAAAGCGCAGUAGUUUCCAAGGACGGGAAUUCGGAGAAAUAUGAAAUAUUGUUACCCCAAAAUGAGACUGAGAAAAAAAACGAAAUGGACCCGGAUAAGAAGAGGAAAUCAGAUGACGCUCGAUACAAGUGCGAAUACGAUGGCUGCGAGCGGACUUACAGCACGGUCGGAAAUCUGCGCACGCACAUGAAAACACACAAAGGUGAAUACAGAUUCAAAUGUUCCAUGCCGUCGUGCAACAAAGCGUUCCUUACUUCGUACAGUUUGAAGAUACACGUCCGGGCGCACACGAAAGCGAAGCCUUUCGGGUGCACUAUCAGUGGCUGCAGGAAGGCAUUUAAUACUCUAUACAGGUUGCGAGCUCACCAACGACUGCACAGCGGCGACACAUUCAACUGCCAGGCGGACGGAUGCGCGAAAUUCUUCACAACACACAGCGAUUUGAAGAAACAUAUACGGACUCACACGCAGGAGCGGCCUUACAAAUGUGUGCUCCCGGGCUGCGGCAAGUCGUUCACGGCCUCGCACCACCUCAAGGCGCACGCGCGCACGCACGCGCGCCCGCCCGCGUCCGCGCCCAACCCCGCCCCGCCGCCUCCAACGAGGAUCGAAACGGAGCCGUUUCUAGAAAUCCCCGCCAAACCGCAACCGACGGACGGCAUGAACUGGGAGGGCCUCCUCGAAUCCUUCGGCAGAAUCACCACGGAGUCCAACUCCACAGACGACAGCCUCGAAGAUAUCGACACGGUCGACCCUCUCCCGACCACCAGUGUCGAUAUAACUGACUUAUUGUUUGACAACGCCAACCCUAACGCUUUAGACUACGACCUUAACUUACAAUUUGACAAAAAGAAGGAAAACUCCUGGAUUAAUCUACAACCUACGCUAAUUGAUGGCAGAAGAAAAGCUAUGCAACUUGCUUUGGCGAAUGAAAUCGAAUUACAAGCCCCAUGGGUCGACGUGAGCGCUUUAGCCGCAUCCAUAUCAGAAACCCCGGUCAGCAUUAAAGAAAAAACUCCUGAAAGCAUUUUCACUAUGGCGACUUUUGUACCGACUCAUAUGCAAAGCUAUAUCGAUUUAAAUCCUGAAACUGCUAAUGUAAUAACGCAAAGCGCCUUCGAUUUGGCUUCUCCAAAUAUUUUAGACGUAGCUGACAAAGUUUUUAAUGAUAGCGAGCUGGUUUCCAAUAUGUCCACUAAAAUUGAAGACAUUGAAAGUUUCCUAAAAGAUGACAGAUCUUUAAAUACUCCACCACCUUGCAGAGUUCAUCAGAAUAUCGAAAUAAAUCCGGCCAAUUCAGUACUCUUCAAUUCUGAUUUAGAUCUAGAAGACACAUUGCUAUUCGACAAUGAACCUUUAUCAGACAUGUAUGUGGUAAGAACUGAGAAUAUAUUCGGGAAAGAAAUUGCUAAGAGAAAUGCAUUGGCACAAUUAGCCGCAGACGCUGGUAUUUGCAAUUGCAUGACAUGCGAAUGUGAUCCUACAUUGGGAGAAUGUAGGGGCGACUGUCAAAGCAAAGAACCAGAACCGAUACAACCAGAGAAACGUAAAUGCCCAGAUACAUGUGAUUGUGACGAAGAUUGCCGAUGCGAUCAUGAAGCUAUGAAAUGUGUUGUUGGUUGUGGUAAAGCUACUGACACAAACCAUAAUACCUUCUUGGACUACCAUCGGAGACAUAAACUGACAAGCUUGGAAGAAUUAGGAGUAUACACUGUUCAUGAAGAUGAUCUACCAACAGCAACAUUUGUUGAGCAAUUAUCUUGUUCUUGUGACAAAUCUACAUCCUGUAAUGUUGAUAAGAAAUCAGAUGGCUUUUCAGAAAGUAGCAAUUGGGAAACUGGUUGUCACGGCAUUCAAACUUCUGAAGGCAAGAAAGAGUCUGUGUGCCAAGGCAAGAAAGAAUCCACUUGUCAGGGUAAGAAGGAAGCCGCUUGCCAGAACAAAACGGAAACGUGCCAGGGCAAGAAAAACUCUCCUUGUGAGAGUAAAAGUGGGUCCACUUGCGAAGGCAAGAAAGAAUCUACUUGCCAAGGUAAGAAUGAAUCUAAUUGGCAAGGCAAGAAAGAAUCUGCUUGCCAAGGUAAGAAAGAAUCUACUUGCCAACGUAAGAAAGAGCCUUGUCAAAGUAAGAAAGAGUCUACUUGCAAAAGUAAAGAUUCUUGUUGCAAUAACAACACAUGUUCAGAUACUUCCAAAGAUAAGUGUUGUGUUACAAUAUGCAUUAAGAAGUUAGAAGCAUUCAAGCAAUUUUUGUCAGACCAUGAAUUACUGGGUGCUUUGAAAGCGCACAAUUUGGAUUUUACUUCGAUGUGAUGCAUUUAAUUUUACAUUGUUAGAGUCGGACCAAAAAAAGUCUGCAGCGGAUUUGAUAGCCCACGCAGUGCAAGUGUCAUUUAUACGUCAUAAUUUCAUAGAAGUUUGACGUUUAAAAUAACACUCACUGCGUGGGCUAUCAAAUCUGCUGCAGACUAUUCUUGGUCUGACUCUACCAGUUCUUUUCGCUUACAUUUAACAAUGCAAUAUAGGUAUUAGGUAAAAUACCAUCAAUUAAAAUGAUGCUUUUAAUUAUAAAUAACCAAUCAUGCUGCGUUUACGGCCAUACACAAUACCAUUCUAAUUGGUAUUUUCUUUGUAUCUUAGUUAUGGAAUUGGCAGCAUUAAAUUGCAAAUGUAGGCCAAUAAUAUGUCACAAGUAUUAUACAUGCCCUAAGUUUAGGCCUAAAACUGCAGUUUUUAUACAUGAAUAAAUUGUGUGAUAUUAAGUGCAAUAAUACCCAAAGAUGCCUUGUCACAAUCCUUAUUAAAUAUUUAUCUAGUAUAUUAAUGCCAAAUAUGUGCCGUCAAUAUCAAGUUUUAUAGUACAUACAUGUUAUUGUAAAAUAUAUUUGUAGUUUAUUCAGAAAUGUCAUUUUUGAAAGAUAUUUUAUAUCCAUAUUAAAAAUAUAUUAUAUUUGUACUCAAUUUAUGCAGAUGGUGCCUUUUAAAUGUUGUUACUGUACUUAAUUGUUGUGUAUAGAAAUAUAUACUGUGUUGGAUUUAUGAGAUUUUAAUACUUUUAAGUGUAACAAGCAAUAAUAAUGCCAUAACUCUAGUCUGUGUAGUAAAUAAACGCUUUUUAGAAA